CGUUAAGUCAAGCUCCGUCUCUUUCUAUUCACCGCCUCCGUCUCCUGAAUUCGUUUUUUAAUUCAAAAUCUAUUUUUGCUUGAUUUGGUGCCGAGCUUCUACCCACUGUUCUGCGGUCAGGCUACUGUAGAAGGAUGUGCUAUGUGCGGUUCUCCUGGCAUCCGGUGGUUGCGUGUUGUUUUUGUUUAUCGAUCGACUUGUGGUGUUCAUUCCAUGCCAACCCUAUCUCUUACGACAAUUUACACUCAAGGUCCGCCUUCCGCAUAACUCGACGUCGCCCAUUCUCGAAGUAGAACAGUUCCCUCGCCUCGUCGCUCCAUCUCUGCAUACGAAUUAGCCGGGUUGGUCUUCUUUCCAUUCUCUCUCUCUAUAUUCAAGGUCACUGGCUCAUUCAUUUGGUGAUGAGCACCAUUAUUUUUGUUCUGGCAAUUUUAAAGACGGCUAUUAUUGGUUUGGUGUUUGAAUUUCCUUACUCUUAUCUGGUAUCUUCCCCUAUUAACUUAGUCCCCCGCUGCCAUCCCCUUCGCCCCAUGUUUUAUUUUACGAAUUCUGAUAUAUUCUAUGAACAUGCAUUCACAACUUGUUGGCUUAUUAUUUGCUGUGGAGGAUGAGAUUGAUAUGGUAUAUGUCUCUCUAUUUUUUUGGGAUGGGGUUACCAUAGAGCUUCAGAAGAGGCUUUCUUUAACCUUUACCAUGGACAGAAACUGAGAAAUAAUAAAGUGAUUCAGUUUUAAGAUUUUGUUGCAAAAGUAGGAAGAAAGAAAAGAGUAGUAGUUAAUAGUGUAUGUUACAAUGAAGGAUCAUAUUUUUUUUACUACGUCUCAAUCAAAGGGGCUGUGAGCUGUUUUUCUACCUAUUACUGUAUUCAAUUAAAAAAACAUUCGUGAAAAAAUACUUGUUGUCAUCAGAUUUUUUAAAAAUGAACUUUGCCUUUUUUUGAAUUCUAAAAUAUGAAGUAAUUUCUCAAUGUUUCAUCUCAGCUUUGAUUUAGUUUGCUCCCCGUUAUCUUGUGUUUUAAAUCUGCUUGAUGCUUUGUUUGAUAUUUUCAUUUAUUUUGCCAUGGUUUAUUCUUUAAUCAUUUUGACCUUAAGUUUUCGGGACCCUCUUCAUCCCAUAAUUAAGAGUCAAUUUUUCGGUUUUAAGCAUGUUCAUAUUUAGCACAACUAUAGUUAUAACACAUUUCACUUCAACAUAAUGAAACGAGCAUAUGUCUGGGCACUAAUGUUUCUCCAACGCUUCAUCCGUCGUAGAAGGCUUAGCAGUUAGCCAUGAACAUCUGUGUCACUAUACAUGAAUAAAAACAUGUACACUUAUAUGAAGCUGUCUUAUAGCAUAAUGGAGAACGGAUAUAUGCCAAAUCACAAAUGUUACAGUGUGGCUAAGUCUACUUGAUCCCUGCAUAAUGUAGAGCCUGUCUGGACCUGGGAUACGCUAAGGAAAGGAAAUUGGGAUGAAAAUAGGGUGGGGAUUUGGAAUGAAGAAAAAUGUUGAGGGGAUAAAUUGUCAACCUCACUAAAUCAAUUUUAAGUAUUUGUUUAAACUCUCUUGAUUAACCUAUUUCAUUCAUAUAGAGACUAAAAAAUAUAAAUGUAUGUGACUUUUUAAAAAAGCUCUAAUCAAAUUAUUUUUCUGAGGUCAUAUGAAUAUCUUCAUUAGCCUUUCCCCCUUGCCUACCAUUUACAGUUUUUUUUUUCAAAUCUGCACUAAUAAUUUAACUAUCAAAAUUUUGCUAAUAAUGAAGAGAAAUGACCACAGAGGGAAACUACCAAAAAGCUUCAGAAAGAGUCAUUCAAGAGUACCUUGAGCAACAUAAAACUUGUUUUCAGAGUGGUAAUCUGAGUCCUAUGAUUCAUAUGACUACUGGCAUAAAAAAACUUAGACAUAUCCUAAGUGCAUUCUGAUGAAGGUGUUAUCUUUGAAUGCCUGUUUUGUGGACAAAAAAUGGAACCAGCGUUAAGAGGACACGAACCUUCUGAGUGAGCUUAACUUGGAAGCUCUUGAGAAACAUAGCAACAUGCAGCUUGUUUGGGAAUGCGCCACGCUAAAAAAAGAUGAUGAAGGCCCACAAUGUAAUGCUUAUGGAGUUAUUUGCAUAUGUCAGGCUUCAAAUGCACUGGUUCUUUCUGGGAAUGACUUCACAAACACCAAAGCGGCCGAGUCUAGCCACCAAUCCAAGCAGAAAUUGGAUUUGGAGGAGCCCAUUGGAAACGUGACACCCGAUGACACUGAAUCUUUGGACAAUCUCGCAGAUUUUAACCCGCAUCCAUUGAAAUCUAAGAAAACUAAACCCUGUGCUAUUGUCCCUUUUCCAGGAUAAGAAUGGGAACUUUCUGCCUUGGAUCCUCCAUGACUCAAGUUAAUCUUCUAUGUUGUGGAGCAUGUGCUUUAUCUAUUAACUUUCAGCCUCCUUAACAUAGUUUAGACCUUUUGAAUGUUGUGUGUAUUAUCUUUUGCUACAACUACAAAUUUAUGCAUGUAAUUGAUUAAAAAGUAGGCAGCGGUAUAUUCGGCUACUUUUUAAUAUAAUUAUAGAUGUUUUUGCACAGGCAAUUUUGUUCUUUUUGUACAUAGGCGCUUCUAACUGAAAUAUGUUGGUUCAUCCCAUAAUGUGUAAUCUGCCGAUUAUUGGCAACUCCAAACAAGUGGGCGGGUGCUAGGCGGUGAGGACAGAAACAGGGCCAUGAAUAAGGUGGUGGCGCAUGGCAUGUUGAUGGAUCAAAUCUUGAAGCCUGGCAAAUGCAACCAAGAACUGCGCCGCAUCUGUUGGGGCCUUGAUGAGAACCUUCUUCACACUCAC